AUGGAAACGGACGCUUGUUUUGCAUGCUCUUCUCUGCUCUGAAUCUCCACGCUGACAGCAUUUCUGCUUCACUUUCGGGUCACUCCUGAUCUGAGUUGCUGUUUCCCUUAAAGAAGGCAUCACAUUGGAGUCUGAUUGUAGGGAGAAAGUUAUUUCAUGCUGGGCACUAUUUAGCUUCACUAUUUUAAAAGUUGUCAUUGAAAAUAUGUAAGAAGAGAUUCAACAAUUGAAGAAUCACAUAUUUUUUAAGUGCUGGUGCAUUAUGUGGUCAGCAUUUAGCCAUCUUGGGUUAAUUUGAUGACUUAUGAAGCAAAAGUAGACGAAGAUGGACAUGCUUAGGUCAGGAAAGAUGGCAGCAGUUAAACUCCCUGUGCAAGAUGAGACCAAAAUUGCUGAAAUGUCACUUCAGAGAAAUGCUCAUGCCUUUUUUGAAAAAUUCAGUCGAACUGAAAUACAAGAACUUUUAGUUUACACCGCAUCAAAUUGGCUUGCUUCCAUGGAAGACCCCCAGUUCCAACCCCCUAGUGGUUUGAUAUGUCAGCUGAAAAAUGUGUCUGAUUCAAAUGUAUUUCUGCUGGCUCCUGUGGAAUCUGAGACCAGACUUGACUACCGAGAUGUUCAUCAGAUAAUAAGGGAACUGGCCUUGGGAAUUUACUGCUUUAAUCAAGUUCCUUCCAUCAGUCUAGAUGCUAAUUAUGACCGAAGCACGUCUUGCAAUAUUCCUCCUGCCUACUGUGACACAAGAGUGGGGCAAAUAAUGAUUACUGUGGACUAUAUGAUAAAGGCCCUCUGGCAUGGUGCCUACAUGGCAAAAGAAAAAAGGGUUCGAUUUUCAGAAUUUUGGCGAUCUAAUCUGAAUAUUGAUGCAAAUGGUAUUCCUCAUACCAAGAAAGAUAUGUUUGCAGAUUUCUUAACAGGAGGUCUAACAGAUAUUUCAAGUGAGCCAGACUUUGAAGGCAUAUAUUCCCAAACCCUUGACUUUGAUCCAUCAUAUGAACCUAAUAAUGAGGAAGAAAGAAAUCUUUUUAUGCAGUAUGCUGAUAGCAUAACAAUGAAAAUGACAUGUUUUACUGCCAAAGUUCAACAGUAUGAAAACUUGUUUUUAUAUAAUGCAUCGAACCAAUUAUCUACUUUUACAAGGCUAACAGAAGAAUACAUUGAUCCUGUCACAUACCAACGCCUACAGCAGAGAUUAAACAUCCAAAAGAAAUUGGUUGAGGAGUACAUUGAAAAGAGAGCUGACAUCCGUAAAAAUAUUGCUUAUUUGAAGCUCAUUAGCUUCUUGGUUCCUUUCUUUUUGGGCUUGAAAAAGAAAAUGAAAGUGCCAGAUUUGAAUCACCUUCUGCAACCAUUUUCAGAUGAUAAUCUUAAAACUGAACGUGAGCUACCACCACUUAUGCUGGGAGAGAAUUUUGCCUGCCAGCAUUUUCAAUAUAGAGAAAAUGAAUAUUUUCACCUUCAUGGAGGAAUUGAGUUUGAUUUAGGAACACCUUCUCUUGAAGUACCAAGUGAAGACAUAAAGGCUGCUUUUCAAGAUAUUAAAAUCACAGCAGUAAAUCAUAUUAAUGAUCUUCUGGACCUUGACACAGCUUACAGGGAAUAUUACCCUAUCCCCACAGUGACUAUAAAUGGAAAAAGUUACUAUGCCAUUGCAAUUCAGCUUGAGAAUUUUUAUUCAGCUGGCCUUAAAACACACUGGUGGGGAGCAAUAAACGGGGUAAUAAGCACUCUAAAACCUAAAAGGCUUCCAUUAACUGAUGUCCAGCUCUAUGAGCAGUUCAAGAAGAGAUUUGGGUACAAAAAAGCCAUAAAGUGUCAGAACUUCCCAUUUGGAUUAAAAUCUGCUGCAGAAAGAGGACUCUCUGCAGUUUUUCACACAUUCUCUCGUAAAACACAGAUUUCUGGACUUGAUGUCAGAGAUGAAGCUGGCUAUGCUGUUAUUCAUCAUGCUGCAAUUCACAAUCGUGUUGUAAUUGUUUCUCAACUAGCCAAAGCCAAUUUGAAUUUAAAUCAAAGGCGCAAUGAUAGUUUUCUAAUUCAAGCUAAAUCAAGAAUGCAGAAUUUGAAAUCUACUAAAGAGCGAUCUGGUCCUACUGCUUUACACCUAGCAGCUCAGUGUGGAUCUCUCGAAGUCCUUCUCUGCCUUCUAGCACUAAAAGCUGAUUGUAUGUUAUGUGAUAAGCGUGGCUGGAUGGCAAUACAUUUUGCAGCUUUCUAUGGUUCUGUUCAAUGUAUUAGAGCUCUUUACAGAUAUGACCCUAAUCUUUUGGAAAUGGAAACAACUUCUGAUUAUAGAUGUACACCAUUGUUACUAACUGCUACCGCUGGUGAACUGGAUGCCCUUCAUUAUCUUUUAUCUGUUGGUGCUAACUGGAAACAAGAAGACAGUUUGGGAAACAACAUAAUCAAUUUAGCAGCUCUGUAUUUUCACACAAACAUACUGAAAUAUAUUAUAGAUCUGAAUAUCCCAGAAAUGCACGUGUGGCAACAACUUGCAGGUCUGUUGAAAUGUGAUGAUCAACAUAGGAAAGAAAUGACUGUGAGGUGCUUGGAGGUUCUCUGUGUUGUAAACAGAAAUUACUGGGAGGACAUUUAUGAAGCAGGAACUAUCCCCUCUCUUGUUGAACUUUUACAUAGUGACCAGGUGACUCUAAAAUGUCUGGCUUUGGGGAUUUUAAGUAACAUUUCAAAUAAUAAACCCGUUUCAAGGGCUCUUGUGAAGUCUGGUGCCAUUGAAGUUCUUGUUACUUUACUGCGGUCCCGACAGCCUGAAUUACAGUCUCGAUGCUCAGUUAUUCUUUCUGAUAUUGCCCAAAUUGAUAAUAAUCAAAAUAUGAUUGCAGAAAUGGAUGGAAUUUCUCCUUUAGUUCAUCUACUUUAUAAAAAGUUUGAAGAUGUGCUGGUGAAUGCGAUAAACUGUAUCAGAGUCUUAUGUAUCAAAAACCCAGCAAACCAAAAAGCUGUCAGGGACCUGGGAGCCAUUCCACCUCUGGUGGAGUUUCUAUCUGCCAAAUCAGAUAUUCUUGUGAGUGCUGCUACAGAUGUAAUUGCAGAACUUGCUAGAGGGAACAAACCAAUUCAAGAUGCAGUUGCUAAAGAAGGGGUAAUUGAGUCCCUUAUAAACAUCCUCCGUGCCAGGAACAUUAGUAUCCAAGUAAAAGCUGCAAUGGCAGUAGAAGCACUUUGUGAUCAUAACCCUGCAAUCCAAAAAGAAUUUCUCGCCAAAUCUGUGACAAAACAUAUCUCAAAGCUCCUAAAGGUUUUCCAACUGGAAGUCAGGGAACAAGGUAGCACAACUCUUUGGGCACUAGCAGGACAAACUCGAAAGCAACAGAAAGCGAUGGCUGAACAUAUUGGCUACAAAUUUAUGAUUGACAUGCUUUUAUCACCCUCUGAUAAGAUGCAAUACAUAGGUGGCGAGGCAAUAAUUGCUCUAUGCAAAGAUAGCAAACUCCAUCAAUGCCAAAUAUGUGAAGGAAAUGGCAUUGGGCCUCUGGUGAGAUUGUUACGUAACCCAAAAGUAGCAAAUGGAACACUCAUCAGCAUUAUAAAAGCCCUUGGAAUUAUGUGCAUUGGAAUUGCCUUUAUCAACAAUCCUGUCACCCAAGAAAAAAUAGUGGAGGAAAAUGCAAUUCCAACACUUCUUUGCCUUUUGAAAACUCACGAUUCUCUAUACAUUAAGGCUGAAGUAGCUUGUACCCUGGCUUGUAUAGUUCUAAGAAAUAGUAAUCUGCAGGCUUUUCUACAAGAAAUGGAAGACUUCAAGUACUCUGACAUUCUUGAUCUCCUAUAUGCCUCAGACAAGGUAAUUUGCUUACGAGCAGGAUAUGCUUUAUCACUCUUUGCUUACAGCGGUACAAUGCAGCAGUUCAAUAUACUGGAGACUGGAGGCAUAGACAUGUCUGUCUAUGAGCCUUUUCUACAGUCAGACAUUGAAUCAGAGAGAGCAUUGGCUGCAUUUCAGAUUGUUGUUUUGGCAAAAGUUAUAUUUGAAAUGGACCAAGUCACUCUUUGUGCCAAGGGUGUGACAGUGCUAACAGAGCUCUUGCAAUCCAAGAAUCCUGCUACACUUGUGUUAACAGGAGAGUUGCUGGCCAGCUUGGCACAUACCAAUGAGGGUAUUCCAGAAGCUAUAACUACUCUAGGGACUGUAAAAUGUCUUUGCAACCAUUUGCACAGUCAAGAAGAAGAGGUUCGUGCUGCCUGUGCCAAUGCGUUAGGGUAUUUGACAUUCAAUCGUACAGCCUCUCGGCAUUUGUUAGUUGAAUGUCGGAACAGACCUUUUCUGUACAAUCUGUUAAUGGAAAACCUCAGUGUAGAUGCCAGAAUGUCUAGAACAUUUACAGAUGAAUUUAAAAUACAAAAACAGAUAGGACUGCCAUCACUCAGUUUAGUUGGACAUGAAGGACCAUACGUGAGCCGCCCUACUUCUGUUAAAGAUAAGCAAAAAGCCGGUGGAAAUGAGCAACAUCUACCAACUGGAAAAUUACGAAUGAAAUCAGCUCUUCACUUACCGCAAAAAUCUAUGACUUCUAAUAUCAACCAUCUUAACUCUUCUUCUACGAGACCUAAGACUGCACAUCCAACAGUAUAGACCAGUGCAUAUGUGUAAUACAUUUUAACCCAAGUCAAAAGCUGCAGAGUUUGACAUUGUCCUUUGUUCUUUAACAUUAGCAGGAUUUCAUGUUGUAAGUACAGAGUAAUACAAAUGCCAUAACAUUUAAAGGAGAAGGAAAGUCAUUUUACCUUGGGGUGUCAAAAGUUAGGCACCUUCAAGUGGUUAUAUUUACUUACCUGAAACCCCGGGCCGGUGCUCCUAUCA